AUGGUCUUCUGUCCGUGGAGGUCGGUCCGGCGUUUCAAGCUGGACGGAGGAGAGACGAGUGGGGCCGAGGGCCCGGCCUUCGUGCUGCGACACAGAACUUCAAACCUCAUUGAACAUGCGACAGACAGCACGCCUACAGAUCCCACGAGUCCCCGGGAAAAAUGGGACACGCCCACCACUAGUUUUCCAACCAGUCACCUCAGCACCGCAGAGUGCCCCUCACACAAUGGGAGGGUCCCAGAGAGCGAUGACGAGAGAAGAAAAACUGAAGAGGAUGACCGAAGAACGGAAGGAGAGGAGAAGGAGGAGGAGGAAGAGGAUGAGAAGAGCAGUGAUGAAGGUUUCAUGGGAAUGACUCCGCUGCUGCAGGCUCACCAUGCCAUGGAGAGGAUGGAGGAGUUUGUACACAAGGUGUGGGAAGGCCGGUGGCGCGUCAUGCCUCACGACGUGCUCCCCGAUUGGCUGAAGGACAACGACUUCCUGCUUCACGGCCACAGGCCACCCAUGCCUUCGUUCCGCGCCUGCUUCAAGAGCAUCUUCAGAAUCCACACAGAGACGGGAAACAUCUGGACACAUCUGCUAGGCUGUUUGUUUUUCCUCUUCCUGGGUCUGAUGUACAUGUUCAGGCCCAACAUGUCAUUCGUGGCUCCGGUCCAGGAGAAGGUGGUGAUCGGGAUGUUUUUCCUGGGAGCCAUUCUCUGCCUCUCCUUCUCCUGGCUCUUCCACACAGUCUACUGCCACUCUGAGGGCGUCUCCAGAGUCUUCUCCAAGUUGGACUACAGUGGGAUCGCCUUCCUGAUCAUGGGCUCGUUCGUCCCCUGGUUGUACUACUCGUUCUACUGCUCCCCUCAGCCUCGCUUCAUCUACCUGAUAGUGGUGUGCAUACUGGGAUUGUCCGCCAUCACCGUCUCCCAGUGUGACUUCUUCGCCACGCCGCAGUACAGAGGAGUCAGAGCAGGAGUGUUUGUGGGUCUGGGUCUGAGCGGCGUGGUUCCCACUCUGCACUUUGUCAUCAGCGAGGGUCUGAUCAAAGCGACCACCAUGGGUCAGAUGGGCUGGCUGCUGCUCAUGGCGACGCUCUACAUCACUGGAGCCUGUCUGUACGCCGCUCGCAUCCCUGAGAGGUUCUUCCCUGGCAAGUGUGACAUCUGGUUCCACUCCCACCAGCUGUUCCACAUCUUGGUGGUCGCAGGAGCUUUCGUUCAUUUCCAUGGCGUCUCCAACCUGCAGGAGUUCCGCCACAAGGCAGGGGGGGGCUGUGCGGAGGACGACACUCUCUAACGCACACACUGACUCAGUCGUUCACUCACACACAUUUUACGGGGAGGCACUGGUUCCCAUAAUUUGCACAGAAUUACACACGCACACACACACACACACACAAAACAUAACAAGACAUGAACACGCGCUCUCCCCCUAAACUGAAGACCGGCGUGACUUGUCUGGUGUGUGUCCGUGUGCAUAAUACACAGGAUGGCCUCCCAGGGGGUGCUAUUAAAACUGACUGACGAGGGUUUUUAUUCUCUGUCUGUCUGUCUGACUAUCUGUCUGUCCAUCUCGUCUCCUCUGGCUCUGUUGCUUCGAUUUAUAAAACCACUCAAACGGUGUGUUUUAUAAACCAGUUUCUGCUCUUUCCAGGAAGUAUCUCUGUUUGUGUGGUCGGGAGGCGAGGCUUUCAAAACCUCCCUUCAUUAAUGCUACGUUUUCUUCUGUGUUGAGUUCUGACGUUUAAGAGUUUGAUGCUUUUGAUUUGAAAAGGAAGCAUAAUUGUGGCUUUUAAAAAAAAAAAAAACGAAAGACAUUUUGGGGUGUUUUUUGAUGAAUCCUGUUUUCUAUGUCAAACUUUAAUUCAAUUAUCAAAAAAAGAAAAAGAAUUGAGUGGCUUUAUUCCGUGAUUGUGAAGGUUGCAGGGUGAGAUGAUGGGAAGUGGGUUAAUAAUCACUUUUAAAGUAAAAAAAAAAAAGAAAAAAACGUUUUCCAUGUAAAUAAGAUUUCUAAAUUUUGGGUUAUAGAUUUGUAUGAAAUGUAUAUGAAAAAAAUCAAAAAAAAGUUAUAACAUGAUGGCAAGAAUAAAUAAAAAUGUUAGAUGUAUCCACUAAAGACGACGAGGAGAGGUGUUCUACCAGCUCUAGCAGCGAGGUACAAUGGUGUGAAUAACACUAUAAUACCGCGGUCGAAGGGAAGCGCUUCAAAAACGUCAUGUAGUCUGUAUAUGCAAGGAUGACAGGUGGAGGCAAGGUUGAAAUAUACAGCACAACAUCUGAAUCUUAUCAAACAAACAGUGACUUUAAAACUUGCUGGCGUUUUGUCUCCAGUGCAGUGGGAAGUGACACUUUUCUGACCUAAAAACCUUAAAAAUAUAAGCGAGGAGACAGCGGAGCGACUCGUCCUCUCCUCCAGUUUUCUCCCCACUUUUGUGUUGACCCCUGUGCACUCAUGUUUGUCAAGCAUCACAGAGCCGGAGCACAGAUCUCAAAUCGGGCCUCAUGAAUAAAACGUUCUCAUGUGAACAUUUGUGCUUAAAACCAAAUCUAAAGUCAAAACUAUGAUGUAUAAAAGAGUCCUCUUUGAUAUGUAGCCAUUUCCAUGUAUCUUCUCUGAUAUAUGUCUAAAGAUAAAAGUAAGUUCCAUGCCAAUAAAAUAAGUUUAUUCUUUUCUAUGACAUGCCCUUAAAUGACUUGUUAAAACAUAUCAAGGAUAACUUGGAAGAUAUUUUUUAUAAACAAGACCCCAGAGUCAUACACCGAAUUUUGGUAAAACUGCAGUAUAAUUACAGUACAGAUGCAGUUCAUUGCCCUUUGGAUACCGUGUCUUAAAACAUGUUUUUCUUUUUGAUUGGAUUGCAUUUUAAUUUAUCCACUGCUGUUUUUGGAAUUAUUAUUUAAAGCUUUAAUUUCUCUUUUUUUUUCUUUUCUAUUAUUUAUCAAUGGUUUCUUUGAUUUAAGCCAGAGAUCAUGUGAGGUUAGGGGAGAGAGGCCCAACGUACCAAGUCUCUCGCCCUACAAAUAGCAAAGAAAAGAUCAUAACGUUAACGACUUAAAGGGCACAUGAUCUGCCUCCGAUAUGGAGACUUGGAGAUUAAAACAAAGUGAACUUUUGUGUCUUUUUCUGGCAAUACCAAAAUCUUGCUCCUGCACAAUGGAAACACUUAAAUUCUGAGCUUAUCAUAAACUAUGUCUAUGACUGUUUCAAAUUUAGGUUUGUAAGUUUCUAUUUGAUGGCAGCUUUUUCUGACCAGGAAUUUGAACACAAUUUCUCAGUUUUUCUUUUCUUCAUUCUGUUUUUCUAUCUAUCUGCUAUCUACUUUAUAAUUUAUUUUCUCUUGGGGAGUGCAUUUUGUCUGUUGAAGCACACAUUCCUUUCUGAUGGGGAGUGUUUGAUUGCAAUAGACCUUUAUAUCUGCUGUAUUGUUCUAAUAAAAAGGUUUUUUGAAACUG